AUGUCGCCACCGUCUGGUCAAGAGCCAUCAGAACGAGAUGCUAAGUUCUGCCUGACAAUAUCGCCGACAGGUGUACAGGAAAGCACAAGUACAGGAGACCAAGUCGGACUGAAAGUAGUGGAUCGAAUCGCCAUUAAUGAACCGAAGUCUGGUUCCUCACCACCAGCGUGUCCUGCCUCUAUCUCAUACAGCGUCUUCACAAAAGGGCAAAAACGCUACCUCACCUACCUCCUGGGCUUCCUGACCCUCGCCUUGUCCCUGACGGCCAACAUGUGCCUGCCCCUGAUCCUGCUACUAGCCAAGCAGUACCACACCUCGGCCCAGGCGAUCAAUCUGACCAUCGCGGUCUACAUCAUAUUCCAGGGCAUCUCCGCCUCCUUCUGGAGCCCCUUGUCCCACGUCUUCGGCCGCCGCCCGGUAUUCGUCCUCACCUUCGGCCUGUACACGGCCGCCAGCCUGGGGCUUGCCCUCUCCCAGGGCAGCUACACGGCGCUGGUCCUCCUGCGUGCGAUGCAGAGUAUGGGCGGCUCCGCGGUCCUGAGUAUCGCGUACGGCGUCGUGGCUGACCUUGUCACCUCGGCCGAGAAGGGGAGCAUGCUGGGACCAAUGCUGGCAAGCGGGAACCUAGGCCCGUGUAUUGGGCCCAUCGUCGGCGGUGGCAUUGUGGUGACUGGCCACGCGGCGUGGUAUUUCUGGGCGUUGGUGAUAUUCGGCGGGAUCGCGCUCUCUCUAAUUCUCUAG